AGCUCUGACUCCUGACUGCACAGACAAGUGGCCGCGAUCAUCAGGAGGACAGUCUGAGAUCACUCUCGGCUCUGGGAUCACAUUUCUUUUGUUUUGCUCUGUUUUUCCCUGGCCCCCCCAACACCCCGCAAAUCCUCCACUAAUUCCCCUCGACUGACGACAAGCAUGACGGAGCUCGGACUUGCACAUUUGGGAUGAUUUUCAUAAUGGUUCGCUUCAAAUGUACAUUUCCACGGAGCUGCAGCUGAGGUUUCAUUCAAAGUCCGACUGGAUUCUCACAGCGUGAUGGAUACAAAUGAGUUUGCAGUACUGAAACUUUUUGUUGUUGGGAUUUUGGUCAAUGCCUGGAUGAUGAAAGGAUUAUCAGCCACCGACAGUUUCGACAUAGAGCCCACUCCCCCCCAGCCGAAGAAAGCCUGCAAUGAGUCUCGUCUGCACUGGGAGGUAGAGGUCUGUGGAGAGGACUUCAAGCGGGACAUGGGUCACAUAGAUCAACAGUACUGGUGUAACCUCACACACUUCAUCAGUGAGUACCACCUCUUCACCCUCUGCACGGAGACAAAGUCCCACAUGGUCAACUGCUACUGGCCCAAUCCGCUGGUGGAGGGCUACAUCAUCCGCAUACACAAGCUAUUUUUCUCCAACUGCACCAUGGAGCAGGUGGUAUGGGUGGACCCGCCGGACGACACGCUAACCAUCCUCAUCCUCAUCCCUGUUUUCCUCACGCUGGCCAUGAUCGCGCUGGUGGUCUGGUGCAGCAAGAGGAGUGAUAUCCUGGCUUAGGAGGAGAGGAGGAUGGAAGAGGAUGGAGAAAACCGGGAGAAGGACGGAGUUCAAGGUCCCCACCUCUUCACUAGAACAAUACUGUACAAGGGAGUGCACAGAGGUUUUGGGAAAUUGUCUCAGUUGGUCAAUUUACCCCAUAAGUGGUGCUGCAAACCACCUGAACUUCCUGUGGAAAUGAGGGAGAAAGCACCUGGUAAUAUGAAGUAGUAUUUUCUUUAAUAGUUUGAUACAUUAUUUGUGAUUUUUCACAGUUCUGACAUUGCUCAACAGAUGUCUUAAUGCGGAACAGAAUUUAGAAUUUUUGGGAAGUACGCUUAUUGGCUUUCUUGCACUGUAAAUUAGUAGCUGCAGCCAGUUGCUUGUUAGCUUAGCUUAGCAUAAAGACUAGAAACAUGGUGAACAUAAUCCCUCUGUAAAAUCAUGACUUGCUCUUACAUUUAUUAUUUUUUUAUUUUACGGGUAAUACAAAGAUAAAAAGUGUUUAUUAGUGAGCUUCAGAUUUUUGUUACAUUGGAUGAAGCCUUGUGAGCACUUUCCCCUUGUUUCCAGCCUUAAGCUAAGCUAACCAGCACCUGAAUGUAGCAUCAUGUUUACCACCAGAGUGGUUUCAAUCUUCUCAUUUAACUGUUGACAAGAGAGCAAAUAAGCAUAUUUCCUUAAAUGUGAAACUAUUCCUUCAACACACAGAGGAGUUUAGUCAUUUGGCGUCGACAUCGCUUGUUGGGUAAACUGACCAGUGGGACAAUCGACCAAAUCUUGGCGCAUUCUUUAAAGCUCAUGGAACCGGACCUUUGACGUCGGAGAUUCUUGUCAGAGCACUGAACCGUUGCUGAAGGCCAAAGUAUCCACCAAGCAUCAGAGGCAGUAACAGAAGUCUAAAUCGGUGGGAAAUGAGACUCCCAGAGGACACCAUUUGUUAAAUAUUUUAACAUGAUACUGUAUGAUGGCUUGGAUGAAAAAGAAGCCAAAUCUGGACCCAAUACUGAUUCAAUUGACUCAAUUGUUUUUAUCUUACUGUUGAGUUACUGAAUGGACUGUCACCACUGGAAAGGAUACACUGGCACGCUACCCAAAGAUGAGGCAACACUAUGAUUCAUAUAUUUUGGGACUUAAAUUUCUUGUGUGACUACCUGAGCAUCAAAGGACUGUUUAAUAGCAGUGUAACUUAUCAAAUACUGUUGAAUGAAAUACUGUUAAUACUCACAAAGAGAGGUCCUCAAUGGAGACAAAGAACUAUGAACUGACAUUGAGACCUCGUACUGUAUAGUUAUGCUCUGUGUCCGUGCUGUCUACUGUAUCCGCAUUGCCCCUCAAGUCUUACUCAGACCAGUGAGAAACACACACUGAUGCUUUGAAGUGAACUCCUCUGGGGAAAGGCUUGAUUUAACGUACGCACUUCAUUGGUUCUUUGAACCACAGUCCUCAACAGCUACGAGGCAAACUAAACCAAGCACUGCUUUUUUAAUUUUCUUCCAAAGCAUAAGGCAUCGAUCUCUGUUUGUCAGCCCUCACCUGCACACUUUUGUCUAUGGAAACUGAUUAAAUCUCUCUUCAAAG